UUUUUUUUUCAAUUAAUUUUCCCCUAAUUUCGAGCGUGUAUUUUGUAAACAAAACUUCAAUCAUAAAUUAAUGCAUCUUUUACUAAGAAAUAUAAGACCUUUCCUAGUAAGAAAUUACCAUCGAAAGUCAGUGGCUGCAUUAGCAGCAGAAAUAAACAGAGACAAUGUCAAUAGCAAGUAUUCUGAGCAGCUUGAAAAAUUUAAAGACAGAAUUUUGUUUAAUUCAUUACUGGAAGUUCAAAAAAUCAAAAUAAGGAAGCUUGAUGAGGUGACAAGUAGUUUAGUUAAGAGAAGAUUAAAGCAAGAAGAUGCAUUAGGUGUUGUUCCAUUGCCCGUAGUGCUUAAUCAGUUGUGCGAGGAAAAACCGAAAGAACAAGAUACAGAGGAACUGGAUUUUAAAAAACAGAAUAAACAAGUUGAAUUUACUGUAUCUUCACUGCCUUAUUCGAGAUUCUUAAAAGUUCAAAGCAGUGAAUUGAAGGAAUCACAAGAAAAUGAGGAUAAGAAAGUAGUUCCCAAUAAUUGGCUCAAAGAUUACGAACUGUAUGAUGAGGCUGAAGAUGAGUUACAGUCGGAAUAUGGAACUCCGGACCCUAAUUUUCCAGUCACAAACGUUGCUUGUGGUGGAUGUGGUGCAUUACUUCAUUGUAAAGACCCAUCGAUUCCUGGAUAUCUCCCGAGUGAAAUUCUCACAGACUUGAAUAAAGAAGAACUGAAGACUGUUCAUUGUCAGAGAUGUCACUUUCUUAGCAAAUAUAAUACAGCUAUUAGUGUAUCAAUUAAGCCUGAAGAUUACAUUAAUAUAAUUUCAUCUAUAAAGGAUCAGUCAGCACUAGCAAUUGUUAUGGUCGACUUACUAGAUUUUCCAUGCUCAAUAUUUCCAAAUCUAUCAAACAUACUUGGAAAGACUAGACCAAUAUUUCUAGUUGGUAAUAAAGUUGACUUGAUUCCUCGAGAUUCCCAAAAUUAUUUGGACAAUGUCAAGCAGAGCUUAAGAUCGGAAGCCUUGAAAAUGGGAUUUGAAAACAAAAGUAUUAAGCACACAGCAUUAAUAUCUGCAAAAACUGGUUAUGGUGUUGAGGAACUGAUCACUAAACUCCAUCAAAUUUGGAAGUAUAAAGGAAAUGUCUACCUAAUUGGUUGUACAAAUGUCGGUAAAUCUUCUCUAUUCAAUGCGUUUUUAAGAUCAGAUUAUUGCAAAUCAGAAGCAACGAACUUGAUUCAACGAGCUACAGCAUCUCCGUGGCCAGGAACGACAUUAAAAAUGCUUAAAUUCCCGAUUUUACGACCAUCAGACUUUCGAGUGGCACUAAGAGCUCAAAGAUUAGCAGGUGAAAGAAGUGCAAAAUAUCUGGAGGAUGAAUAUCGAAGGCAAGAAGCAAAGGAUAGAAAAAGUAUAAAGCAUGCGACUCUAAUUGGACAUAUUGGAAGAACGUUUGAAAAAAUUGAGGAACAUUCAGAUCCAGCAGCUCAAUCACAUACUGGUGGAUAUGCGGGAAAAAUUCUCACAUUAAAUGAGAAUGAAGAAAGAUAUAUCCAAAGUAAAUGGUGCUUUGACACGCCAGGAGUUAUGCACAGUGAUCAGAUCCUUCCACAGCUUACAACAGACGAAAUCCUCAAAGUACUUCCAAGACACAUGAUUCGUGCUCGAAUGUUCUUUAUGAAACCAGGAAUGUCACUUUUUAUCGCUGGAUUAGCAAGACUUGAUUUUAUAGACGUUCCCAAAUUGACAAGAGCUAUUGUCUACUCAUCUCUUCAUCUUCCAGUGACCAUUUGCAAUACAGAAGAUGCUGAUGAUUUUUAUGAGAAAUUCCUAGGUUCCGAACUUCUCGGAGUUCCAAUAACCAUGAAUGAAGAAAGAUUAUCAAGAUGGCCUAAAUUAGAGCCUUUAUAUGAUGAGAUUGCAAUUGAUGGAAUCGAUAAGCACGUUUCAGCAUGUGAUUUUGUUAUGUCUUCUGCAGGUUGGAUAGGAAUUAAUUUACCAAAAAAUACAGUGGGCAUUUUCAAGCCAUGGAUUAUUGGAGGUAAAGGUGUGCAUGUAAGAAAGCCGUCAAUAUUAUUGAAUGGAUUCAACUUGAGAGGUCACAGAAUACGAGAUUCACCUGCUUACGGAAUUGGUGAUGCUUAUACAUUUAGAAAAGUUUUUAAAAAAGUAAAUAUGUAGAAAUUAAGAACAUAAAGUUUGAGUUUAGAAAUAAAUUAAAUUUAUUUAUAUUUUAUGAAAAAUAAUGAACAUGAUUCGUAUAAGAAAGAAAUCAGUUCCAAACGUUGUUCAUUUCAGGCUCCAAAAGCUACUUUUUUUUCUUUCCAGAAGUCGAUGGUUUAGCCUUUCGUUCCAGUUGCAUCUGUUUAAGUUUAGUUUCCAAGUUUUUCUUAGCUUUACUAUGUUCAACUUGCUGUGCUACCUUUCUUGUGUCUAUUUUUGGAUGGAGAAAUUCUUCUCGUUCCUUUUUCUUCACCAGUUCAUCACAUUUUGUAAACUUCCCAUGGAUCUCAGGCAGUGAAUGUUUGUAGCAAUAUCUGUUCUUACAAAAUUGACAGUCCUCGCCCAUUAAAUUUGUUUUCUGUUUGCAACCUUGGUAGUCACAGGUGUCGUCAGCUUUUUUGACAUUUUUAAGCACUUCCGAAAGUUUUUCUUGAUUCUGCUCGAUUUCGUCACUUGAUACUUUGUUAAUGACAUUUGUAACUGUUUUGUUU